AGUGUGGAAGGAUUUGUCUACAACUUCGAAGCCCUGAUAGACAAAACCGUCAGGUCUGAUUCCGUGUUCCAGGCAAAAUAAUUCCCAGCACGCGUUCGCUAUUUGAGUCCCGGCUUGACCCACGAAUACGGUGAAGUGUCAAGAAGUACGGCGAUGGACUUUGAAAGCCCGGACGUAGAGAAAGAGUUUCCGGGACUAUACGCUUCGGAAUCGGCUAGGAAGAGCAAUGAGAGCGAUUUUAGUGAUGAAGGAGGACACGAGAAACAUUCCAAAAAGGAACUCUUAGGUGGGAAACGAAAGGAGAAGAAAGAUAGAAAGGAUCGAGGCUAUGCUACGUUAGAAGGGGAAAGCUCACCAGACGAAGAGCAAGAAACUAAGAGUCCGUCAAAGUCAAAGAAGACGAAAGCUUUCAAGUUCCCUUCGAAGAAAGAGAAACGUGAAAAGUCUAGAGAGAAGGAUGGAAAGGAAAAAGAAUUGGAAAAGGAGAAAGACAAGAAGAAACGGGACAAGGAAGAUAAGGACACCGAGAAAGAAAAGCGGAAAGAUAAGGAAAAAGAUAAAUCCAAGCAGAAAUUAAAGGAUCGUAAGAAAGGAAAACAUGGCGGAGAAGAAGUUCUAGAUAUCGGUGACGAACAACCUAUAUUCGGUGUCAGUUUGCACUUGGCUGUGGAGCGAAGUCGAUGCCACGACGGCGUAGAGCUGCCUUUGGUCGUACGCGAUUGUAUCGACUACGUGGAAGAGUAUGGCAUGAACGUAGAAGGCUUGUACAAAGUUCCUGGAGUCAAAUCAAAAGUUCAAUCUCUAAAGAAAUUCUACAAUCAACGCGAAAGCGUUAAUAUUUCAGAAUUUGAGCCUACAGUAGCCACAAGCCUAUUAAUACUCUUUCUCAGGGAACUACCAGAACCCGUUCUAGAGAACAGCGAAACAAUAUCCCGAUUCGAACAGGCUGCUUCUACUAAGGAAGUGUCUCAAAGAGAAGCACAACUGGUCCAGCUGACUCAACAGUUACCAGAAUGUAAUAGAGUUCUCCUAGCGUGGGUCACACUGCACUUGGAUCAUGUUACUGCGCGUGAAAAAACAACAAAAAUGAACGCUCAAACGAUCGCAAUGACACUGAGUCCCGUCCUGCAGAUGAGCCACCGUUUACUUUUAGCUUUAUUAUUUCACUGUAAAGCUUUACAUCCAAACGUCCGGCUGACCAAGUACAUUCCACCACUAGCAUCCGGUAGCACAAAUCUGCCGGAUACCGUCGAGAGUAUAGCUGCCGAAUUGGCCAAGCAGGAAUCCCUUCUCUCUCAGAUUCACAUGCAGAUGAAUGCCGGCUUCGUGACCAAGUCGCGUGAGGAACAAUUGUGGGAAGUGCAGCGGAUGAUUACGCAGUUGAAGCGGAAAUACAAGACCGUUCAAAAAUUGGAAGGGUCUGCGCAAAAGAGCCUGGACGAGGAAGUAAAGUCAAACGACGAGAAUCAAAUAGACCUGAAUCUUCAGAGAAUAAAGACUGCCUCCGAGGAGGAUUUCGUGCAGUCUAAAAGUGAAUCUCAAAAUCCAUCGUGUUCGGUAAUAAAAAAAUAUCCUGCGACACGAAACACGAACGAUGCCAAGGAGAAAUCUCAGCUGACAACCGUAAUAGCUUCUAACGCUGGAACUCUGAAGAAAGAAGCGAAACCUUUACCACAGGGCAAGGACACAGUAGAUACUGCAGAAGUAACAACCGAACAAAGCAACACCGAAUCUACAAAGGAAAAUGAAGCCGUAGCUGAAUCUACCCCAGAGGACGCGAUGGAAAAGCUGCGUGAAAGUCUUAUCCGAGAGGAACUGUUGAACAUGCAGGCCUUGAUGAAAUCUCGUAUCAUGCAGGAAAAAAACGAAAUCAAAAGAUUGGUCGAAAUGCUAGCUGAAAAGGGACCCGAGAAACCCAAGCCGAAAGAAAUAAGGACGCAUUCGCCGAACGAAGCAGAAAUGACAGCCAUGAUUCAACUGGUAAAAGAAAAUCAAUUGUUGGAGAAGAAAAUGACGACCUUGAUAAGGAGUAUCAUAGAGGAGAAAGACGCGUGCGUUGAGCUGCGUGUCCAGUUAACGUUGCACCAACUUCUCAACCAGAAUUCCACGAACGGCAUUAAACAGAUAUAACCAGAAGACUGUUCUUUUAUUGGAAUAACACAACAGACAAUUAAUGCAUAUUGUUGAUAUGAUAUUUGACGUUACGUUAUAUUUUAUGCAUAAUGGACAUAGUUUAUCGUGUGUUAACCAUGGAAUCUCUUGAAAAAAAUAUGUUUGAUCAGUCUAAUGUUUUAUUACGGCUUCCUGGUGACGAUUCAGCUAGUCCUGAAGCAGGGUAAUACGAAAAUACAAUAGCAAAAGUAAAAAAAGAAUCUUAACAAAAACACGGAACAUGUCAUUUUCUGUAUAUUUUGAUUGUUCUCUCAUACACGCAUAUCUAUGUAACACAUAUGUAUAUAAUUACUGUAUUAGUAAAAGUUUCAGAUAAUCGAAGA